AUGACACCCCAACUUCGACGAAUAGUAUCUGAUUCUCAACUCUCCCCACCUCAAAACCAAACGAAGAUCAGCUUUCAGGAUUUUUCAGCAUCUAAGACCAUUUGUUCCCUUAACAUCACACAAGAACUUCCGAAGGCAGAAACCAUCGACCAUUUGAAAGCUAACCUUAGGUUUAUUCAACAGCGGGUUAACGCAGCCCCGCAGACAGUAACACAACCUCCAACCAUCACUUUGACCACUGCUUCCGUUCCUACGACGAUUCCCCCACCUGCGGCAAUUGCAAUGGCAACCAUCACACCGCUACCGAGUUUUUACGGCGACUACGAGAAAGAAGGGGAACCUACCGACUGGUUUCGUCAGUACAGACUGUCCCUACCCAGCACCUUCAGCGACCAAGACAAGAUCAACCGUUUCGAGCUGCAGUGCACUGCAGGGAGCAUGGCAGAGGUCUGGGUGCAGAACCUGCCAUCAGCAAGUAAGGCCACAUGGGCAACGUUCACCCUGGUGUUCACGGCACGAUGGCCCCCACCAGUACAUGUCACCCUCAUGCUAGCGCAACAAAAGGAUCGUAUCAAGACUAUUACCUUGAAGGAAGAGGAUAUUGGACGGAUGAUUGAGAAGGAUAGAGGACGAGAAUGGGGACAUGUGAAGUGGGCGAAGGAGAUCGAGAGGACGGCGCAAGGAUUCGGGGAUUCAAGAUGCUUGUUGUUGGAUGUCAUCCUGGAGGGCACACCAGCUAUUCUCAGGGACCUUCUCACCGAGCAGUAUGCGUCGUGGCCUGACUUCGUCACUGACGUGAGCAGGUUGUCGUCUUCACAGCUACAAAGGGCAAAGCAGCAACUUGAAACGGAGAAGAAGUUGAGGGAAGACGUAGACCGCCUGCAGGCCCAGGCCAGUGGACAGAAGAAGACGCCGACCCCCACCCCUCAACCAGCAACCCAAGCAACAACGAUGCCCUGGUCUUAA